AUGCAGGACGCGGCACACAGCACGCGCCACGCCGGGCUGCAAAACGCAAGGACAUGCGACACCGUGCAAACACGGCGAGCAACACGCAAGAUGUGGGUUGCAGAGGGGCCGGCUCCAGCCCAGUGGCACCUGCGGGAUGGGGCCCAUGCCGGACACUUCUUGGCCACGGCUGACCCCCUCCGCACCACAGGCCAGCUGGGGGAUGUAGCCGUGGGCCCAGACAGCGACGUGGCCCAUGCUGUGGUCCUGGCCUCCAUCAGCUCCUUCUUCCUCCAAUUCCUGGAGGGCAGGACCAGAGAGCUGCGUCAGGGCCCCCUGCCCCAUGUCCCCCUGCCACCUGGGGCCACGCUACGGGGCUGGCGGGCUGUGCUGGCCUUCGCCUAUGGGGGAACUGUGCCCCACGGCUGGGAGAAAGAGGUGGAGGAGACUGCCUGGGCCCUGGGGGCUCCCCGGGUGGUGGCUGCCUGUGCCACGCACCUGGAGAGUGACCCCCAGGAUGGGAGUACCGUGCCCUUGGAGGAGCAGUGGGAGACACUAAGAGCCAUGGAGCAACUCCACGCCAGUGGCCUGGGCUGCGACCUCCAGCUUCGGGCAGGGGACGAGGUCAUCCCAGUUCAACGCCUGGCCCUGAGCUGCUCCUGUGACUUCUUCCGGGCCCUCUUCACUUGCCCCAUGCGGGAGGCCACCCACGACCCCACUGCUCCUCUGGCCACAGGGCUGUCCCCAGCUGAGCUGCGCCUCCUCCUCUCCUUCGCCUACACAGGGGCUGUGGCAGGGCCGUGGGCCAUGGUCCUGGAGGCAGCCGAGACCUCUUUGCGCUACCAGGCCUGGGGGCUCCUCACCCUCUGCCUGGAUGUUUUCACCCGUGGCCUGACCCCAGAGACUGGCUUAGACGUGCUGGCCUUUGCUGUGGCUUAUGGGCUGGCCCAGGUGGGGCGUGUAGCAGAGGACUACAUCUUGGCCACCUUCCCCAGUGUGGUGGCCACACCGGCCUUCCUGGAUCUUCCUGCACACCUUCUCAUCCGCCUCCUCCGCUCUGAUGGUCUCAAUGUCCUCCAUGAACUGGAAGCCUUGGAAGCAGCAUCCCGUUGGCUUAUGGCCAACGGAGAUGGCCAAGAGGAUCUAGCCAAGGAAGUCCUGUCAUCUGUUCGCUUUGCCCUCAUGUCUGGCCAGGAGCUGAAGAAGGUGCCGUCAGUGACUGCAGGGGUAGCUGACCCAAAGGUCCUCCACGAGCUUGUGAUAGCAAGUUUGGCCCCCAUGGCCCAGCUGCCAUGCCGAGUACGUUCCUUGCAAGAAGUGCUGGUGGUUUGUGGUGGAGACAAACUGACGGCCAACCUGGCUGCCCGGAAGCCCAGCAGACACCUCUGGUUUGCUCACCGCUACCUCAGUGCUGUGGGGCUGGUGAAGCAGGUGGAGUGGCGUGCACUGGGACACUUUCCUGAUGGCCCACGCUUCCGCCAUGCUGUAGCUGUAGUGGGCAACGUCCUCUACGUCCUGGGUGGAAAGCGCUACUAUGGGGCCCGUGACACCCUGGCCAGUGUCUACAGGUACCAGCCUAUGGAUGAUUCCUGGGAGUGCCUGGCCAGCAUGACCUGUGGGCGGAGCUACUUUGCCGCUGUGGCACUUGGGGAUUUCAUCUACGCCCUGGGGGGCAGCUCGAGGGAGCUCUACUGCACAGACACUGUGGAGUGCUUUGACCCGGUCAAAGGCAGCUGGAGGAUGUGCCAGCCCCUGCCGAUGGCUCUGUGUGGGCAUGCAGCGUGUGCCCUGGAUGGUGCCCUCUACGUGUCAGGAGGGUGUGAUGAGGCAUGCCAGUGCCAGGCAUCCUUGCUGCGCUACAUCCCGGGUGCGCCUGCCACACUUCUGGCCCCCAUGAAUGGCCAGCGAGCUGGCCACAUCAUGGAGGAGGCAGGUGGGCAGCUCUAUGUGGCCGGGGGGCUGUGCCAGCGGGAUGGGCAGACUGGCUACAGGGACCAGCUGGCCUUUGAGGUCUACAGCCCCAAGCUGGACAUCUGGGUCCUCCUCAGCCCCCUGCCCCAUGCCCAUGUAGUUGGGGGCGCAGCUGUGCUGGGGGGCGAACUGCUCAUACUGGGAGGGUACAGCCAUGAGACCUACCAGGACACCCAUUUGAUCCAUGCCUACCAGCCAGGCACCCGGCGCUGGAUCACCCGGGGCACCUUGCCCCAUGCCUAUACUGACCUCCAAGCUUGUGUCCUCACAGUACCCUCUGCCUUGCGUGGCCCAAACUGCCUUGAGGACCCCUCGAGAUCACCUGACACCAAUAAUAAUAAUUAG